AUGGACAAGAACUCUCCGCCAGAGGUUCCCGCAGGCUGGGCAGCUCGGUGGAACGAUCAGUAUAACACCUGGUUCUACGUUAAUCUCACCACCAAGCAGUCGCAAUGGGAGCUUCCGACGGGCCCUAGUCCCGCCCCCGCGCCUGCGACCCCGAAUCCAGCACCAACUCCGGCUCCAGCUCCAGUCCCAGCGCAGACACCGACUCCUGGGCCUGGCGCUCCGUCAGAUCUGCCUGCUGGGUGGGUUUCACGCUGGAACGAUCAAUACAAGACCGAGUUCUACGUCAACAGCGUUACCAAGCAGUCGCAAUGGGAACGCCCAACCGUACCUGCGACACCGGUCGCUGCCGCGCCUCACCCAGCUGCUGCCACGCCUCCGGUUGCUGCCACUCCUCCGGUCGCAGCUGCGUCGCCGUUUGCUGCCGCCCAAACCCCGGCCGACCCCAACCAGGGGAUGCCGAAUAUCGGGUCUCUGAAUCUCUCCCAACAGAGCUCUCCACAGCCGCAGAGUGCCCCCGCGGUCCCCGGGGCGCCAGAGGUACCUGCCGGGUGGGCUGCUCGUUUCAACGACCAGUAUCAGACCUGGUUUUUCGUGAAUCUGUAUACUAAGAAAUCUCAGUGGGACAAGCCUACGGCUCCCGCAACGCCGGCCAGCGAAGCCCAGAGCAUCCACACACCACAGCAGCAGCCUGCUAAUAUAGCUCCCCAGCCUACUCAUCAGCCUGCUCCCCAACCCGCUCAUCAGCCUACUCCCCAACCCGCUCCUCAGCCUACUCCCCAGCCUGGUCAGCCUACUCCACCUACGGCAAACAACCCACCUGGUGCUCCGGAAGUUCCUGCGGGAUGGGCAGCUCGGUUCAACGACCAGUAUAAGACCUGGUUCUUCGUGAACACAUUCACCAAGAAGUCUCAAUGGGACAAGCCAACGGCCCCGGCAACGCCCGCCAGCGAGAGCCAGAGCCUUCAUACUCCUCAGCAUUCUAUUAGCUCAGCCUCCCGCCCUACCUCUCCCUCGACGAACAAUCCUCCAGGUGCUCCAGAGGUCCCUGCGGGAUGGGCAGCUCGAUUUAAUGAUCAGUACAAGACCUGUGGGACAAACCGACUGUUCCUGCCACCCCUGGCCCGGAAUCUCAGCAAUUUGGCGGCCCAGGUGCUGGUCAGCCUCAACAAGCUCAAUUCCAACCUCAACCUCAGCCUCAGCCUCAGCCUCAGUCUCAGCCUCAGUCUCAACCCCAAUCUCCAUUCCAACACCAACCUCAACCACAGCAACAUCAGUCUCCAGUAG